GAGCGGGACGUGGCCGUGGUUGGCGCCGGUGUCGGUGUCGGUGUCGGUGUCGGUGCCGCCGCCGCCCUAGGCCCGGCGAUGACCCAGCAAGGGGCGGCCCUGCAAAGCUACAACAACGAGCUGGUCAAAUGUAUUGAAGACCUCAGUGUCAAGAGGGAUGAGUUGAACAAGCAGAUCCGGCUGGAGGAAGAGGAGAAGAACAAACUGCAGAAUGACAUCCGUAUCCUGACAGAGAGGUUGGCCCGCAUUAAUGAGAACCUGGCUCGUAAGAUGGCCUCCAGGAAUGAGUUUGAUAAAACCAUCGCUGAAACAGAGGCUGCUUACAUGAAGAUUUUGGAAAGCUCCCAGACACUGCUCAAUGUACUGAGGAAGGAAGCAGGAAAUCUUGCCAAAGCCACAGAGUCAAAAAACCCCACAACUAAAGAUAGCUGAAUAUUUUAGCUUGAAUUACCCUGCUGUUAGCCUUUGAGGGAUAACUCCACACUCACCUGGGAGCUGUGCAGACACAGCUUGUUUUAUUGGUAGCACAAUGUAUAAUAAAAGUAUUUAGUUUUCUUAAA